AUUCGACUAAUAGACUCAUAAAAAUUGUAAAACUUAGUGAAAUAUGCAUGAAACAUUAUUUUUAAACAAACUGCUUAUUAAAGGCAAGGAGAGUGUUAGUAAAGAGCUUAGAGGGCUAGAUUAGAAUAAAGAAAUUGUCUCUCCCCAUCUGCUCUAAUUAGCUUAGCUCUCCUGCUUUCAUAGCAUGCUGAAGAGAGAAGAGUGAGGGGUACUUUGAAAGGACACCGUUUUUAUUUACGCUCAUUUAUAAUGGUUUUGGAAUGUUUGCCAAUUCUCAAACAUAAAUUUUUAAAUGUUAGAUCUUUCCUGUAACAAUUUGUUACUGGAAGCUUCAAGGCUUUGGGUGCUCAGUUAAGAAUUUUGGUCUUUCCUCAUCUCUUUGGUUUUGGCCAAAUGAUUAUGUUUCCUCAUUCUGGGAAGAUUUCUUUGGGUAUUUUGAUAUUUGUCCUGAUAGAAGAAAACCUUUCAUCAUUAACAGCACAGACCUACUUAUCUUUAGAAGAAACCCAAGAACCCACCAGUACAGUUUCUCUUCUCCCGACUGACUCAGAAUCCGCAGACUCUUCCCUGUCCAGUGGAAACAAACGACCUCGGGACCACAGAGAAGCUGAGAGACACUGGUUGCUUAGAAGGAGGCGAUCCACUCUGUUCCCUAAUGGAGUAAAAAUCUGCCCUGAUGAAAGUGUUACAGAGGCUGUGGCAAACCAUGUGAAAUAUUUUCAAGUCCGAGUGUGUCAAGAAGCUGUCUGGGAAGCCUUUAGGACUUUUUGGGAUCGAUUUCCUGGGCGUGAGGAAUAUCGUUACUGGAUGAAUUUAUGUGAGGAUGGAAUCACAACUAUAUUUGAAAUGGGCACAAAUUUUAGUCAGUCUGUGGAACAUAGAAGCUUAAUUAUGAAGAAACUGGCGUACACAAAGGAAACUGUUAGCCGCCCUGAGUUGUCAUCUCUAGUUCCUGUUGGUGAUACUUCAACAUUGGAAGGUGCUGCCCUCAGAAUUCCAUAUCCAGGGGUGACCUCCUCUGCAGGUACCUCAGAGAGCGGCUUGGGGAGACCAGAGGAGAGUAUUAGCAAUGAAAUUGAGACUGUGAUAGAAGAAUCCACAAAACCAGCAGCUGAGCAGAUUGCAGAAUUCAGUAUCCACCUUUUGGGGGAGCAAUACAGGGAAGAACUACGGGAUCCCGCUAGCUUCCACCACCAGAGCCUUGUAGAAGAGUUUAUCGCAGAGAUUGAAAAUGCAUUUACUGGGUUGCCGGGCUAUAAGGACAUCCGUGUACUUGAAUUCAGGUCCCCUGAGGAAAAUGGCAGUGGCACAGAUGUUCACUAUGCAGUUACUUUCAACGGAGAGGCCAUCAGCAAUACCACCUGGGACCUAAUCAGCCUUCACUCCAACAAGGUGGAAAACCAUGGUCUUGUGGAAUUGGAUGAUAAGCCCACUGCUGUUUAUACAAUUAGUAACUUCAGAGAUUAUAUUGCUGAGACACUGCAUCACAAUUUUUUGCUGGGCAACUCCUCUUUGAAUCCAGAUCCUGGCUCCCUUCAGCUCAUCAACGUGAGAGGAGUUUUUCUUCCCCCCACUGAAGACCCGGUUUGGAAGCCCCAAAGUGCAGGUCUUCCGGCAACUCCACCAUCUGUUCUGGAUAAUACCCUUCAAGCUGCAUGGCCCUCAGCUGAUGACUCCACCACCAGCAGUAUUUCACUACUUGAUUUCAGCUCUGGUUCUCCCUCAGCCACCGGCAGGGAACUCUGGUCGGAAAGACCUUUGGGUGAUUUCGUGUCUACACCCAAACUAGACUUUCCCUCGCAGGUGGGCCUCCAUUCUUCCCAAGAGGUUGUAGAGGUUAGCAGCUUGACUCUUCAUUCUGUCACCCCAGCAGUGCUGCCGAUGGGCUUGCCUGUGGCUUCUGAGGAAAGGACUUCUGGAUCUUACUUAUUAGAAGAGGGAUUAACCAAAGUCGAAGGGUCAGAAGAUUCUUUUUCAGGUGAUCCUUUGCCCUCAAGUACAUUAACUCAUUCUGUACCAGAAGAAACAAUACCAUCUAAGGAAGAUUCUGUGGUGUCUUUGACAUCCUCACCAUUUCUGGUCUCCUCUGUCACAUUAGAUCCCCUUGCUCAGGAAGUGUCUACACCUUCUGGCUUGGACCCUUCGGCCUCCAAAGUUAACGGCCAAUUAGAAGUGAGCACUUCGAUGCCAGACACAUCCAUGGAAAAAGAGUUCACCUUUGAGAAUGGCUUAGGUUCAGGGUCUGGGGAAAAGGUGAGUGGGAUUACUUGGCCAUGGAGCGACACUUCAUUAGAGAAGAGCAUUGAACCACUGACCAAAUCAUGGCUGGAAGAUGAGGAUUCACUUUUGCCAAUUGAGAGUGUAGAUGAGAAACUAGUUGUAGGUGACAGAAUAGAUUCCACAGACCGAAGUAUUGAGCACUCAAAAUAUGGGCAUUUUGAUAGAUCCACACACUUUUCAGAGGAAGAGCCCCUUGAGGGACCUACUGUGCCCUUCUCUGCAGAGACCACAACUCAAUCUGCACCUCUAAUUCUCUCCAAGCACACAUCAGAGGUACCUGACAUUGAUUAUUACUCAGUUACCAGUGCACCUCCUCUACUGACAUCUAUAGCAAUCUUUGAUUCUACUGGUAAACCAGAUCAAGUAGAACCAUUUCUAAAGGAGGAUAUGGAACAAACUACAGAGCCAUCCAAUCGUAAACAGUUUGAUAGCAAGAUCUCAACACUGAAGCCAGAUAUGCAAUCUUUGUGGACCAUAUUGCCAGAAUCAGAUGUAGUUUGGGAAAAAACUUCUUCCCUAGGAAAAUUGUCUGGAGACACAUUGGCAAGUGCACCGGAGAGUACUGACAAGCUCUGGUUGAAAGCUUCCAUGACACAGUCUACCGAAUUGCCUCCAACCACAAGCCCCACCCUGCUGGAGGAUGAAGUAAUUAUGGGUGUACAGGAUAUUUCAUUAGAACUGGACCGGAUAGGCACAGAUUACUAUCAGCCUGAGCUAAUCCCAGAAGAAAAUGGCAGGGUUGGUAGUUAUGUGGAAAUCUCUACAAAUGUUCACUCUACAGAGAUGGCUAUUGUGGCUCACCCCACAAAAACAGGUGACUCAAAUCAUACCCAGACCACAGGAGCAUUGCUGGUUUUCUUCAGCCUUCGAGUGACUAACAUGAUGUUUUCAGAAGAUCUGUUUAAUAAAAACUCUUUGGAAUAUAAAGCCCUGGAGCAAAGAUUCUUAGAAUUGCUGGUUCCCUAUCUCCAGUCAAAUCUCACAGGGUUCCAGAAUUUAGAAAUCUUGAACUUCAGAAAUGGCAGUAUUGUGGUGAACAGCAGAAUGAAGUUCUCCAAGUCUGUCCCUCCUAAUGUCAACAAUGCUGUAUACAUGAUUCUGGAAGACUUUUGCACCACUGCCUACCAAACCAUGAACUUGGCUAUUGAUAAAUACUCCCUUGACGUGGAAUCAGGUGAUGAAGCCAACCCUUGCAAGUUUCAGGCAUGCAAUGAGUUUUCCGAGUGUUUGGUCAAUCCCUGGAGUGGAGAAGCAGAGUGCAGAUGCUACCCUGGGUACCUGAGUGUGGAAGAACUGCCUUGUCAGAGUCUCUGUGACCUUCAGCCUGACUUCUGCUUCAAUGAUGGGAAAUGUGACAUUAUGCCUGGACAUGGGGCCAUUUGUAGGUGCCGGGUGGGUGAGAACUGGUGGUACCGAGGGGAGCACUGUGAGGAGUUUGUGUCUGAGCCCUUGGUGAUAGGCAUCACCAUCGCCGCCGUGGUUGGACUUCUCCUCGUCUCUUCUGCUGUUGUCAUCUUCCUCAUCAAGACUCUUCAAGCUCAGAAUGCUCAGAGAGAAACAGAGAGGCCCUUUAGCAGACAGCCUGCCAGCCUUUCAUCCAUUGAAGAUGCCGUAAAGUACAACCCCAUGUAUGAAAGGCAUGGGGCGGGAAUGGAACAGUACAGGGGACCCUAUCCUCAGGGUCCCUUCCACAGUGCAGCACGAGGAGAGGUGAUUGGUGGUCUGAGCAGAGAAGAAAUCAGACAAAUAUAUGAGAACAGUGGGCUUUCCAGAGAGGAAAUUCAAGAAAGAAUGAGAAUUUUGGAACUGUAUGCCAAUGAUCCUGAGUUUGCAGCUUUUGUGAGAGAACAUCAAAUGGAAGAGCUUUAAUCAAAACUCUGGUCGUGGAACUGAUUAGAAGCCCAGAGAAGAGAGAGAUCGCUUGUUACCUGUAUCAUAAAAUUAACUCUGUUGGAAGAAGAGUAUUUUAUUAAAAAAACAUUCAAUUUGGGCACAAAAUUUUUUCCCCCAGUUUAAAAUUUUACAAUAGAGUAAGAGAUGUGACAAUUUUUAUAUGUAAGCUGCAUUUAGAGAAAUUCCAAACUGUGUGGGUCUGGAGAGCAUCUGGAAGAGAGCAGCGGAGCCGGGGUGUGCGUUGGCAGAGCAGUGCUGCCUAUCAUUGUGGCUCAGGAGACCCGGAGGAAGGGAGGGUGAGACUGUCCAGGAGGAGGCAGGCUCUGUAACAAAUAUUUGGUAGCACGCUUGUUAUUGUCAGAUGGAAGGAGAAGCCUUUGAAGUAGUUUCAAUAUAGUUUAUAGUCAGACAUUUGUCUAAAUAAAAUAUAAAGUGUUGUGGGGGGAGUCGAACUGCUGAAGAAAAAGCAACCUUUUUGCUGUAGUAUAGAGUGAGGCUUGUACUUUAUUCUGCCAGAGUUUGAAUUUCUUGGGCGUAUUAAUCAAGAUCACAUUAUUGUUGUGUUAAGUAUCUCAGUAUCCUUUCUUUUUUUUUCAGCUGCCAAAUACAAUACUUAUGUGUAAAGUUUAGAGGGUUCCU